AUGGAUCUCUUCUCCGCCGCCUGCGAAAACUUCGGCCUGAUCGUCAACACGCAGAAGACGGUGGUCAUGCAUCAACUACUACCCGACGCUGCCUACGUUGCGGCCCAAAUCAGCGUGAACGGCGCCAAACUGCAAGUCGUGGACAACUUUACCUACCUCGGUAGCACGCUCUCCCGUAACACCAAAGUCGACGAUGAAGUGGCUCGCCGGAUUUCCGAAGCCAGCCAGGCCUUCGGCCGCCUGCAGAACACUUUAUGGAACCGUCACGAACUCCAUCUCAACACGAAGCUGAAGAUGUGUAGGGCAGUCAUCCUGCCGACACUGCUGUAUGGAGCAGAGACCUGGACGGUGAACAUGAGGCAGGCACGAAGACUCAACCACUUCCUUCGUCGAAUACUGAAGCUGAGGUUAAAGGACCGGAUUCCCAUCACGGAUGUACUGGAAAGGACGGGAAUCCUCGGCAUCCACGACAUGCUGAGACCACGGCAACGGUGUUGGAGUGGUCGCUUCGUGCGGAUGGACGACGAGAGCCUACUCAAACGACUAUUCUAUGGAGAUGUUGUGACGGGUUCACGCCGACAAGGUGGUCAUGUCCGGGGCCACAUGCAUGCUCCGAAAACCUCCUUGAAACGCCCGCAGAUCAGCCUGGCCAACUGGGUAGAGCUCGCUCGAGACCAACCGUCCUGGAGAAGGACAGUGAAGAUAGGCGCAGCGAUAUACGAAGCCAACCGCAUCACCGCUGCCAAAGCCAAACGUGAGGCUCGCAAAUCUAAACUGCCUCCACCCCGUAAUAUCAACGUUCAACCGCCCCUGACCUGCUCACACUGUCAGCAGACGUUCUGA